AUGCCUGUUUCCAUAGACAUCCAACCAUACUCUAGUUCCUUAGAUAUGCUCGGAGAGCCGGAUUCAUCCUCCUCGUUCUCUCUCUCGGGACACAUAUCUAUCUCCCUCACCUCUUCAUUGUCCAUAUUCCAACGUCGGCGAGCUGCUACUCGCCUUCUUCUCCAGUCAUUAACCGUCACCUUUGAAGGCCAAUCUGAGGUCAUCACUUCGGACAUCGGCUACACGCCUUUGCGCCUCUGUUCAAUCACCCGUGAGCUUGUUAACGGCGAACCGGUUGACCUUAGCAAUGAAGGUCACGAGGAGUCCGACAAGCCAUGCUCAUGGAACGUCGUUUUUGACAUCCAAGUUCCUGGGUGGCUGCCAGAAACAGCAGUAUAUGGCGACAGUGGUUCAGAAGAGGCAGGCACGCGCUACGCUCUCUACGCAACUGCGACUUUUCUCAAUAUAGAUGACGCAAGCUCACGAUCAUUUUCAUUCUCCACUCUUUGUUCUCCUUUUCGCGUUCGAACGCGUAUAGUGGAUGCUCCGAGGUGCCCAAUCACUAUCAAUCGUUUCACGGAAGCUCCUGCCGACAUUUCAUCAUCUACGUCCUUGUUCCCAAUGUCUACCUUUUCAAUUGAUACUCAACCAGAAUACACUGCUGCACGGCCUUCGCGGUCAAUGCCAGUCGAAAUACUGGAUAAGUUGGAAGUUCUGGCAUCCGUGCCAUCUUCUGUCAGCGUGGAGGAGUCGUCUGUUCCUUUCACGCUCCGUCUGCGGGCUAAGGAUCUCGAUGAUAGUCACCGAGAACGCCUUCGCAUGACUGAAUUUGUGGUCAAUAUCGAGCAGGUUGAAAGUUACAGAUCCACUUUGAAGCGCGACCACAUUCAGCGUUAUCAUCUCCCUCCGUUAUCAGAACAACCACCCAAUCUUCCUCUCCGCCACCAGCAUACCAUUCAUACCCUUUACGAUGUUGGCCUUCUUACGUCCGCGAAGCGCGUUAAGACUUCAAAUCGUGCUUUCUCGUUAAUGGGUUUAGAGGAAUCCGGGCGAUAUCAAGUAUAUGGGGACGGGCGCAUUUUCCUGCAGGGCGAGAAUGCCGAGGAAAAUGCAACCGAGGAUAGCUGGUUUCUGCUCGAAACAAAUGUCCCUAUUGCACCGCCCGCAGCAGAACACGACGUGGAAUCCGGACACUACCACAUCCAGCAUGCGUCGACAAGUAGUCCGCUCUUUACCGUGAAGCAUCAAAUGCACGUAGCAUUACGAUGCACAUACGAUAUGCCAGACGGCCAGGGUCCUGUUUCUGAGCGUCUUCAAUUCACUUUACCAAUGAGCUUUGUCCGCGUAGCGCCUUCACCGCGUCCUGCCAUUCCCGAGGUAGAGGAGGAACCUGGUUUGAGGGAAUCGACAACUCUCAAGAGGAGUGCGCCCUAUGCUUGUACCCUGCCUGCAUAUUCGCAACUUUUCGACGCGAAUGGUGAUCGCAAGAUCGAUUACUCGGUGCCGCUACCCCUUUAUGAGCCUCCUACCAAUCCAUCCUCGUCAUACAAUCUUGGUAUUGAAGAUACGUCAAAACAUUAUUCAAAUGUAGAUGUAGGCACUGCCUAUUAG